CGCAGGAGGAGGUGCGCCAGGCUUCAAAAGAGCAGCACCGGGAGGACCGAGACCAGAGACAAGCCCAGAACCAGAACCGGCACCCGGACCAGCAGGAGUGACCAGACCAGCAGACAGUAUGCAGUACAUUCGUUGUCCCGCCAUCUUGGUCCUCGUGGCGUUGGUUCUGUGCGGUCCAGGUGUUUUCUCACAGCCCGACAGAGACCAGGAUCAGUACCAGAACCAAGAUCUGGACCUGGAGCUCCAUCACCACCGGCUGCUGCAACGAGCUCGCAGCGCCGGACUCCUGUCACAGGAGUGGAGUAAACGCGCAGUGGAGGACUUGCUGGCUCAGAUGUCUCUGCCAGAGGCCGACGCCCAGCGGGAGGCCGAGGUUGUUUCCAUGGCAACAGGAGGAAGGAUGAACCUGGAGCGGUCCGUCGACCCCCCCAACAACCUGCCCCCCCGCGAACGCAAAGCUGGCUGCAAGAACUUCUACUGGAAGGGCUUCACAUCCUGUUAA